AUGCUCGUCAGAAGGGUCAAGGAAGCCAGGAAGCUCGUCGAGAGGUCGAAGAAGGAGAGGUGGGGCCAUCAGACACGACUGCGCCAAAGGCACGAAAGCGGUGCCCCGCUACCAACCACGUGUUGCGGGACCGUCGGAAUCAUUGCAGGCCCUCGCGCCGUCCAAGAAAUCGCGCGUUUGUCAAGUGCAGAGAUGGCCGGCACAGGCAGCUCCCACAGCGACCCCAUCGCCAUCCCCUCAAGCCCAGUCACCUCCCAAGACUUCGGCGGCGAUGUCGACGAUUUUCCUGACAUCGACGACCUCCUCCCCGAGCUUCCUAUCGACCUUACGAAUUUUGAGCGCGUUCCCUCCCCUCUACAACGCUCUGUUUGCGAUCUAGACAACCAGCAGUACCCUGAUUGGAGCGGUAUUGACAGCGAGAACGAGUCCCCAGGCGCAGACAUUCCCAACCCCACUGAAGGCUUCCUCUCCUCCACCAUCCAAGGCCUCCAGUCUCUGAGCCAGAGGUUAACAUACCUUCUACAAACUCGAGAAGACGGGGCACAGCGGGUGUCUCCACCAAAGACAUAG